AUGACCAUAUUUUCUAGGUUCUCAUAUUUUGAUAGUCUAUUCUCCUUUAAAAAGCAAGAGCCUUCCCCCAUUGAAAUAAUCUAUUGCAAUGAAAACAAUGGUUUCAUAAACAUAAAAUCCUUAGAAAGCCCCACUGACGAUAGCAUGGAGGCGGACAUUUCAGAUAGAGAAAUGGCUACAAUCCUGACUAGAAACAGAAACAAUUUGGGUAAGGUUGCCAUUGAUAAGAAAGGCGUUAAUAAUCAUUGCAUAGAUUUGAAUGAGCUGAAAAAGGGCCUUGUCGCCAAUGAACACAAAUUGGAUAACGAUAACUCAACACGGCACCAGAACACAUAUUCACCAGAGGAUUCCGUGGAAUUUGAUAGGUUCGAUGAUAAACAAAGCAGAAUACUAAAGUGUAGCACUAGAAGGAGCUACUUGAGAUACAAGAAAUAA